AUGUGGCCGUUUUCAACAUACCCAGAGAAUACAGCUGGUGAUAUAGCUGGAAAGACGUUCGACUACAUCAUUGUCGGUGGCGGUACAGCUGGAUGCCUGAUUGCGCACCGCCUUUCCGCCUCCCCAAACGUCUCAGUUCUAGUUUUGGACAAGGGUCGCGUCAACGCUGGGAUUCUCUCGCGGAUCCCACUACUUGGCAUCCUGCAGAGCGGGGUCGUCCGCUACCAUGCCGAACCCAACGCACACUUCCGCGGGCGGCAUGUGCAACUUCUAGCUGGCGAAAUGCUGGGUGGUACCAGUCGCGCCCACUCCAUGAUAUGGAGUCCCGGCGGUCGCCCCGAAUUCGACGGCUGGGCGCGUGAGCUGGGGUUGGAUGAAUGGAGCUGGGAGAAGGUAGCGCCAGCUUUUGAGCGGGUCGAGAAGGCGAUUCAACGCAAAGGGGCGGGCGAUCUUGGGUUUAUGCCGUAUGUAGAUCUGGCGAUGGAAAGAGUAGGACUGGGUGAUGGAGGGGGGAAACGAGGCACCCAGAGAUAUACCCGCAGCGAGGUCUCGGUUGAUGCAGAUGGGCACAGAGUCUCAGCGUUGACCGCGUGGCUAAAUAACUCGGUUGUGAAUGAGAGGAAGGGGCGACUGACGGUUUGUACAGGCGUGACAGCGACCAAGCUCGAGUUUUCGGAUGACGGAACGACGGUUACAGGCGUAUGGAUUAAUUCUGGAGGGGUUGCAGACAUUUUGGUCGAAGCUCAUCAGGAGGUAAUUCUUUGUAGCGGCGUAUUCGGCACGCCCCAGCUGCUAAUGAAAAGUGGCAUCGGCACCAAAGAACAUUUAUCCGCUCAUAAAAUUCCUGUGGUGCAUGAUCUCCCUGCAGUGGGUGCGCAUUUGACCACCCACAUCCUUGUACCAGUCAUGACAGAGCUCCCACUCAAGCACACGCUGCAUAUUAUUCAGACGGUGGCUAUCUUAUGGCAGUUUUUGCUAUGGCUAUUCCUCGGCACUGGAGUACUUGCAUCUAACGGUCAAUGGGGCGCCGCGUUUUUGCACUCGGAUUCACUCAACGAGACAACAAUGACAGUAGUCCCACCCGAAGACGGCGAUAAGGAAGUGACAGACCUCGAAAUAUUGAUUGCCCCACUUAGCACACUGAUCGAGCACGGUGUCCCCGGAGUACCCUGCAUGACAUGGUACGCGGCUCUUGUGCAGCCUCACACUACAGGCAGCGUCGAGCUUUCAUCUAGCGCUGAUGUGACAGCGCCCCUCAAGAUUACGCUCCCAUUGCUGAUCGACGCCCGCGACAGCGCGCGGCUGCGGAAGGCGGUGCGCUUCGCUAUGCGGUUGGCGGACGAGUUUGCGGGGCCGGAGGUUGGGUAUCCAUACCCAGCACCAUUGACUAUGGCUCCCGGGAUGGGUUUGGAAUACUUAGAUGGUCUUAUGGACAAGAACAAGAGCAAGAGUGACAAGAAAAGGCUUACAAAGGCGUUGCCACCACAGAGGGACGCUUGGAGAAUUGUGACUGAUACGGAAAUCGAUGAGUAUAUAAAGAGGCUGGUGACAGGAAGCUAUGAUCCUGCUGGCACGUGCCGGAUGAGUCUUACAAAGGAGGAGGGUGUAGUGGAUCAGAGCCUGAAGGUAUUUGGAGUGCGCAACUUGCGAAUUGCAGACGCAAGUGUGCUUCCCCGAUGUGGGGGUGCCUCGAUUUCGGGGUCCAUUUAUAUGAUUGGGGAGCGGUGCGCUGAGUUUGUCAUGCAGCAGGAUAAUUUUCCUUCCUAG